CCGCCGGUGCCCGCUCCAAACCGACAGCGGGCAGGAAGGAGCCGCGUCCGUUCCUACGGGGUCGUUAUGGCAACUGCGCGGGCAGGAGCGCGGGCCGCUUCUCCGCGGGGGCUGCGGGCAAAGGGAGGGACCCCGCCCUGUGCCCGGGGCUGCGGAGGCAGAGGCACCCGGCAGUAGGUGUGAGCUGAUCUUGCCUGGCUCCUGCAGUAGCCUGGCUCUCUGGUGUCUGAUGAUGAGUGUGACCCCGACCAGGGGAUGCCUCCUGGACCUGCCCUGGGAAGACAUCUUGGUUCCACAUAUCCUCUGUCAUCUGCCGCUGCAGCAACUCCUGAGCUUGCAGAGGGUCAGCAAGUCAUUCCAGUCUCUCAUCCAGCUGUACCUGGCCAACAUGCGCUGCUUUGACUCAAGCCAGAUCGGACCUGCCAUCCCUCGGGCCGCUUUUGUUAACCUGUUGAAGGACAAUGAAGUUCUGCAGCAGCUGGCACUCCAGAACUGCUCCGAGUGGCUGACGGACCGGGAGCUGCUCCCGGUCAUUGGGCAGAACCACCACCUGCACCAGAUCCAGCUGAAGGGCUGCGCCCAGCUCAGCCGCCACGCGCUGGUGGCCAUCUCGCUGAGCUGCCCCCAGCUGCGCCAGCUCUCCCUGGCUCACUGUGAGUGGGUGGACAGCCUGUCCCUGCGCAGCCUGGCUGACCACUGCAAGGCCCUGGAGGCCGUGGACCUGACGGCCUGUCGUCAGCUGAAGGACGAGGCCAUCUGCUACCUGGUGCAGAAGUGUGGCAGGCUCAAGUCUCUGUCACUGGCUGUCAAUGCCAACGUGGGCGACGUGGCAGUUGAGGAGACUGCCAAGUGCUGCCCAGAGCUGGAGCACUUGGACCUCACGGGGUGUCUACGAGUCAAGAAUGACUCCAUCAGGGUCCUGGCUGAGUACUGUCCCAAGCUGCGCUCGCUGAAGGUCAAGCAUUGCCACAACGUGGCUGAGUCCAGCCUGAGCAUCCUCCGGAGCCGUGGGGUGGAGCUGGAUGUGGAGCCUCCGCUGCAGAGGGCUCUCGUUCUGCUGCAGGAUGUGGUUGGCUUCGCCCCUUUCAUCAACCUUCAGAUCUAGAACUGCUGCUGCUGGGGAGGGGGGGACUGGCACAAUGCUGGGAUCCCAGAAGGAUGCCGGAACUGGCUGCUGUAGGGAUGUGCAGAGGGAGAGGUCAGUCCCAUUAGCGAGGCUGGCCUGAGUGGGGCUCACUCUUUCCUCUGGGGCUGUGUAGCAGCCACUGAGUGCUCAUAAGUGGACUUCAUUGGUGCCUCUGGGGAAAGUAACUCCCUCUGCAGUGGUGUGGAAAGAGCGAGUGAUUUGCAGGAACACCAUGGUGCUGAACAGGUGCUUGGUCAGGCCAGCUGAUAGAUAGAACUUGUUAUUUGUUGUAUUUUAAAUCUUUAAGUGGCAGCUGUCCAGAAAGCAGGGGAGUGUUUGAUGGGGACUGUCCCCUGGGAUGGGUGUGCAGGGCAUGCCAGUGGAGCUGUGGAACAAAGCAGACCAGCUGGAGCAGAAAGAGCUACCAACCCUCCUCUUGAGAGAGGGCAGGCCCCUCUGGGCUCUGGGAGGAGGGCAGUGAGCCUAAGCUCCAGCCCACAGCCACUGGCUAGCCUGGCACCAAAGGACUAGCAUGGCCCCAGUACAGGCAGUGUGUCUGCCCAGGCCUAGUGUGCUGGUUUAGGCUGGAACAAGGUGGGAAUUGUGCUCCAAAUGGCAGUUUGACUGACAGAAAAAUGCCAAACCUAGCUGUGCUGUCACUGAAAGCAGUUGGUCAUUGUCAUUUGUUUCUUCCAGCAUCUGACUAUUUUAGCAGUGCCCUGGCUUGCUACUGUAUUUUGCUCCCUGUUGUGUGGCUGGAGCUUUGGCUCUCAACAGUGGUGAGAAAUGGCAGGAGCACUGACUCUGCUAUCAGCUGGAGUUUAUG